UCAAUAAGGGGCUUCUCCCCUAGUCGCAUCAUAUGGUUCAACACUUUCAUGGCCGCCGCCGCUCGCCGAGUAGUUGCUACAGGGACUUUUCAGGGUCUGUGAACCCUGACAGUCCCUGAACCCUGAAGCCAAGCGCCAAGCGCCAAGCGCCAAGCCCGUCCAGGGCCGACCUCAGCGCGAAUACUUGCUGCGCGAUUUGUUCGUUGUCCGCGAGCAGUGGAUAAACGACCUACUACGUACCCACUCGUUAUUUCUUUCAUUGGAUGGUCACUCUAUAUACUAUAUGAAUUUUGCUAUCCGGCUAUGCCGGCACAGCAGACACCUGUCUGGGUAGCAGCAUAUAAGAGGACCUUCUUCUCUUGAGGAAAGCUAGAGCUGUGGUGUCCCAAUCGCUUCUUUCCUACAAUAAACCCCAAACUGCCAGCUGCUCCUCUCCAAGACAACGCCCUCAGCCAUGCCUUCCUGGAUCGUCAAGCUCGGUGCCCUUGUGGCUUUGGCGCAUACCGUCGCCGGAUCUCAGAUUUCCCUCAGGACGACCACGCCGCCUGCGAAUGAGUACGUGACACACUGCACUGUCAUCCUCGAUGAUGAGCUUUUUGGCUGCAAGGGCAGUUCGAAGCCUUUCGGAAAGAAGUGCGGCCACAACAGGGGCAUCCAGACCAAGUCUAUCUGCGAUACAUCAUCCGUCACCGUGGAUUGGUCCACCGCCCAGGUCACCUUCCAGGAUAACAAUGGCCACUCGGCUAACUGCACGCUGAGUUCGACUGAGGAGGGAGGUCACUGCAACACUGACGACCCUGAUGAGUUCCCAAUUGAGCACAAUGGAGCAGAGAGACUCGGAGCCGGAGCUGCCCUCUGGGGUUUUGGCACCAUGGCUGCCACUCUGUUUAUCUAAACCUAACGAUUGAACUCAAGAAACUGGGUCUUUCGUCAUUUUCGUGAUUACACUAUACCCAUGAUCACUGGCUCAGCUACCAAACCAUCGAUACCGAUGAAAGCAUGUCUAUCAUGGAUCCCGUUAUCAUAUACCCACGAUCUCCCGCAUCUAUGCCUGAAAGGAAAGGGAUAACGCAGGAUUGAACACACUGAGGCAAUACUUUUUAAUGAGCUAUUCUAUAUCUUUCUUCGCCUCUACCAUUAUGUAUAUAGAUUUAUUUCUUAGUCAAAAAUAAACGAGGAUUAAAAAACCAC